AUGGUCGUCAUUCCACCUGUUGAUGAGCCAGCCGAGUACAACUCCAACUACAUCCUGUACUGGAACCAUGCCGGACUGGAAUUCAACAGGCUCACUCACUCGGUUGGUGGCCCACAACAAGGACCGCCAAUCAGUGCCAGGGUCUUAGGCAUUCUACAUCUUGCCAUCCACGAUGCCUACUUCGGCAUCAGAACUACGGCCGGCUACGACACUUAUUUGACCACGGGCGCUACAGAGUACACCCUUCCGUUGAAGUACAGCUCGGACAAUGCAGAACAAGCAGUGGCUGGCGCAGCCAUCGCCGUCCUGCAGAAGCUAUACACUCAGCCCAGCCCGAAGGUCUCCCGUAACGCCACGUUGGAGCUCACGCAGCUGCUCGACAAGCUGAAGGCGGACUAUCCAACCUUGGAUGCACUUUCGGAGAGCUACCUCUUCGGUGUUGCUGUAGCUGAGAAGAUGGUGUGGCUUCUCAACCAUACGCCGGGCGCAGACUCGGCAAAUUAUAGCCCCCAAAGGCCUCACGUCCCGUAUCGCUUCAACGACGAACCAACGCAUCCAGUAACGCUCGUCCCGAUCGAUCCUAACGACCCCAAUGGUCCUAAGAAGCCUGAACAUGCGUACCAUGCUCCAAUAUACGGCAUUACCGCAAAGCGUCUUGCAACACAUAAUGAAUAUUACUGCGCUGACCCUCCGGGCAUGGGAGCCGCUGCAAGCAAGACCGUCGAGUACGAUGACGCUUUGAAGGAAGUUAUCCGCAUGGGCGGAGCUAUUCCACUGAAUUCAACGAAGCGGACUCCAGCUCAGACAGCGAAGGCGUUAUUCUGGGCGUACGAUGGCCCCAACCUCAUCGGGACGCCGCCUCGCCUGUACAAUCAGAUCCUGCGGAAGAUCGCCUGUAUUGAAAUGCCAAACAAGGCUGAUCUUAAGGACGAAGCAAACAACGCCGACUUUACCCGCCUCUUUGCUUUGGCAAACGUCGCCAUGGCCGACGCUGGCAUCUUCGCCUGGCGUGAGAAGUACUGCUACGAAUACUGGCGCCCGCUUUCCGGCGUCCGCGAAGACCCGCGUCCCGAACAUGCCGAUCCAUUCUGGCUCAGCCUUGGUGCGCCUGCUACCAAUACGCCUAACAUUCCGUUCAAGCCCCCAUUCCCUGCCUACCCUUCCGGUCACGCCACGUUCGGCGCUGCUGCGUUCCAGAUUGCGCGGCGACACUACGCAGAGAGGGACGCGACGCAGCCUCCUCUCUGGGGUAAACAUGAGCCCGAUAAGCUCAAGUUUAAGUUCACCUCCGAGGAGCUGAACGGCGUCAGCAGGGACUUGACUCAGCAGUAUGACCCAGCGCGUCCGAUUACGGACCAGCCUGGUAUUGUUCGCACGAAGAUUCCCCGCGAGUUUAGCUGUCUUUGGGAAGCGAUAUUUGAGAACGCGAUCAGCCGUGUCUGGCUCGGUGUUCACUGGCGCUUCGAUGCCUUUGCGGCUAAGGACGCUCUUGUAGCAACAAGCGUCCCCGAUGUGUAUGCCACCACUGGCGACAAUGUGACCAGAUAUCAAGAUCCGAAGGAGAUUAGGUACGUGACCAAGGGCCAUCGCAUGGACAGCCCAGAUCCAACAAAAGAGUAUCCCAUUGGUGGAGUUCCUCUUGGCCUGGACAUUGCAGACGACAUCUACGACAACAAGCUCAAACCAAGAGCGGGACCCCAACCCACUGGAAGGGACCGGUGCGGAGAGCGUUCCAAGUAUAACACGAUGAGGCCAGAGCUUGGUCCGCUUGCGGAGGAGGCCGCCAAAAUGGGUAUGCAAUCCGGACCCAACGAUUUCAGAGCAAUCAAUGGCGCAGCUGAGGAUAGGGCCGGUAAUAGUGCAGAUGGCGAAGAUGCCACCAGUGCGGCAAAUGAAGAUUCACAAGAGAAGGGGGAGGAGGAGGAGCAGAAGAAAGACCUCUGA